AUGUCGACCACACCUCCGCCGCCCCCACAGUGGGUGCUCGACCUCAACUCGACGCCCGCAUCCAAACCGAAGAACGCAUCGCUCUCGGACCCGCCGGGCUAUACAGCAUCUCUGUCUAGGAAGGAGCGUUCCCAGGCAUCAAAGACCCAGAGGCAGCCCCCAACAUCAGAAGAGAUGGACACACUCAAGAUGAAGAAGGCCUGGGAAGUCGCAAUCGCGCCCGCGAAGCAACUCCCUAUGAAUGCUUUUGGCAUGUACAUGACAGGCAACACCUUGCAAAUCUUCUCCGUCUUCAUGGUCUUCACGCUAUUCAAAACCCCGGUUCUCGCUGUACUAGGUCUCCAACGCACUUUCGCUCCCUAUGAGACACCCGGCACGUCUGGACGGCUACUCGGUGUCAAGCUUGUUUACAUUGCAUGCAACAUGUUGAUGUUGGCUUUGGGUAUCUGGAAGGUUAAUGGCAUGGGACUCUUACCGACAACGAGAUCAGAUUGGCUGGCAUGGGAAAGCGAGAGAAUAUGGUCAGAAAGAGCAGUACCGAAGGAGUGGUUGUAG